UCUUCGUCGACUAACCCCACAGAACGGAACUCUGCCAAAAUGUCCAAGGCCCAGACCAAGAAGCCCGCCGGCAAGACCGGCCGCAGCGCCAUCGCCGACGUCGUCGCCCGCGAAUACACGAUCCACCUGCACAAGCGCGUAUGUUGAUUCAGUUUUGUGAAGUCCAUCGAUGGCUUGCAUGGUCGGAGGUGGGCGCCUGAGCAGACCGAUUACGCUGUCUCAAUCGCCCGUCUCUGGCUGUGCGGGUAUCGGGCGGAAGACUGAAGGCGAACAUUGGGCUAAUACGGGAUGAAUAGGUUCAUGGUGUUAGCUUCAAGAAGAGGGCUCCCAAGGCCAUCAAGGAGAUCAAGGCUUUUGCUGAGAAGGCUAUGACCACCAAGGAUGUCCGCCUUGACCCCCAGCUCAACAAGAAGGUCUGGGAAGCCGGUAUCAAGGGUGUCCCGUACCGUCUCCGUGUCCGCAUCUCGCGUAAGCGUAACGACGAGGAGGGCGCCAAGGAGAAGCUGUACUCUUACGUCCAGGCUGUCAACGUUAAGGACCCCAAGGGUCUGCACACCCAGGUCGUCGAGGACCAGUAGAUGUAUGCAUGGGCUGGUUUGGGACGAGUAGAGGAAUACAGUGCAUAUCAAAAGCAUGGCGUUCCGGCGGGUUGCUGAGUAGCGCGAGGACAUGCAGCGAAAGGCUAGUGAAAUGAUAUCUGAAUGACAGUUCAUGCCCGCCAUGUUGGAUUACUUCAACUCUUUUCUAACGACUGUUCUUCUAUUCCCAAUCUUAUGUGAUGUGGUUGCGCUGCUGAUCUUGUACAAUAAGCUAGCAAGAUUGGCGAAAACGAUGGGUUAUGUUUUGG